AUGAGAUGUUCCCAGUGGAUUGUGAGGGGAUGGUCUGUAAUUGCAGCAAGAUUACCGGGACGAACUGAUAAUGAAAUAAAAAAUGUUUGGCACACCCAUUUGAAGAAACGUGUGAAUAAGAAAUCAGAACCCAAUUCGCCACUGCAUUCAUCGAGUAAAAUGUCGUCCUCUGUGACUGCCACCGCCGCCGUCACCGUCUCCAAUUUGCCGGAAAUGGAUGAAAGUUUCUGGUCAGAGGUGUUUUCUGCUGAUGGUUCCAGAUUUGAUCCAACCACAGAUAAAAAAUCAGAACCCAAUUCGCCACAGCAUUCAUCGAGUGAAAUGUCGUCCUCCACCGCCGCCGCCAUGACCCAGCUGCCGGAAAUGGAUGAAAGUUUCUGGUCGGAGGUUUUUUCAACUGGAUCGAGUUUUACAAGUGAUAUUUCUGCUUCGAAUAGUGUUCAAAUCCCUCUAAACCUAAUCGAAACCUCGUACAGUUUCGAUUCAAUUAAGGAAGAUGACAAUGAUUUUUGGUAUGAUUUGUUUACAAGAUCAGGGGAGCUAAAUGAAUUGCCAGAAUUUUAA